GCUGCGCAGCCUCCCGAGGUUUCCACCUGUAGCCUCUGCGGGAUCCCGCGCAGCCGACUGUCUAGACCGAGACUUUGAAGAUAUUGUCCCAAAAUGGGAUUCUCUCUUAGUAAAUCUGCUACUCAAGUGUCUGCUAUACACAGUGAUUCAAAAGUGGAGGAUCAUUUAAUCCGAAGGACUGAGAAAACCAGUUUAAGACCAGUGACUCAAUUAUUUCAAAAUACCAGAAAAAUAAGAUUAGAAGAUACAAUUCAAGGAGAAAACUUUACACCCAAUGAAGAGACUGGCACAGAAUCUCAUUCAGGAAAAGCACUAAGUCCUGUGACAUAUGUUAAAGAAAGAGAUGGACUAGAAAUGAUAGAUGUGGAAUGAGGCUGUGUCUACAUUAUUAACAAACAACCCCUUUGAUUAAUUGGUGAGUCAAACUGCCUAAUUUUAUUUGUAAACUUGAAAAAAUGGAGAGUUUUACUAAUUCUUAUUUGCUACUUUGACACAAUGUACUGAAUUUAUUUUUCUUGGUAACAAAAAGAUGACUAAAAGCCUCUUUGAAGAAAAAGCUUUCCACUAGUUGAAGCAGAUAGAUCCAGUGCUGUAUUGUGCCUUUGUAAAGUACUGGGGUUUUGCAGUAAUGGUGUUUAAAUACAUAAGACUAGUUUGAUCUUAAUAUCUACUAUUUUAGCAUCUAGUAGUAUCUU